CCCAAAGAAGGACAGAACGAAUGUGCCACAGCCAAACCACUUCGCAAUAACCAUAAAUGCUCAGUUGCAGGAUUCUGCGAGCAUGGUCUUCGCAAGCGCAGCCACUACAUCUCACGACGCGAGGAACGCUACGAAAAAUUUAAAUGUGAAGACGGACGCGGUCACCCCACGAACUCCAACAGGCCCGUUGCAAAGAUCGAGUGUGGUGUCUGCCGUGGCCUAGUCUGCAGAGUCUGCUACAAUGUUCACAGCCCUCAUUCCAAUCGACUCUGGAACCCCAACGAUACCCGUUCUGAUCGCAGACGCGUCUAG